CAUAGUUUCUGUUUUUUCAAAGACAACCAGCCUCCUAGCAUAAGAUGCCCAUAUGACUUCACUAACAGUGCAGAGCCUGGGAAAGCGACAAGAAGGGUGGAGUGGAGGCAACCGUUGGCCACAGACAACCAGGACAGGUUUCCAACGGUUUUGAGUUUCCCGAAGAAUAUCGUGUCACCGCACCAGUUCCCCAUUGGCGUUACUCGUAUAGUAUAUACUGCUACUGACGACAGUGGCAAUUCACAAUCGUGUGUGUUCACCGUUACAAUUAUAGGUGAGAAUCUGAUAGGCUCCUGCUGCAGGGACGUGAAGUGCGGAGGGGAUUAAUCACGAAAAAAAGAUUUGCUAGAGGACCUGGAGUGCUGACUUAGGGACAUAAAAGUGACUUGCCAUUAAAUAAAGCGGUGCAACGCCAAAGUUGCUGCCCAAUAGGAGAGUCAAGCUACGUUGUUAUAAUGUGAUUGCCCGACCCGAAAGGGUUUUAGAUUCAUUGACUUUCGACUGGUCUUUGGUCCGUUUUUUUUUUCAGAAAAAUCGCAGAUGACGCCCGGAAAUCUUGGCCUCAACUCAAGACUUAAAUGGUCCCUAGCUGCGAGAAUUGACUUUUAAUGAUCUAUUGAUAUUUCCCAGAGAAUGCCGUCGAGAGAACACAGAAUCAUCUAGGGACGAGGUCCCGUUAAAUAAACUUUGACAACCUUUAAGAACUACUUAUAUUAAAGUAGAUUACAUACGUUGUCAUUAGUUAUACUUCACUUAAGUGUUUUUGUUGCUUCUUUUCACCUCCAUUGUCUUACAUUUCACAGAUACUGAGCCCCCAAGGAUCACGUGCCCCAAGAACAUAAAAGUUAUAAAGAAUACCGCUGGUCCAGUUGUGUCCGUUCACUGGCCCAUGCCACAUUACGAAGAUAACUCAGAGAAACCUGUGACUCUGUUUACAGAGUCUGUACAAGGAUCAGGGUUUAGAUUGGGUCAACAUUUCAUCAAAUACGAAGCAAGAGACCAAGCCGGAAACACAGCAGUUUGUACCUUCACUAUUACAGUGUCAGGUCGGUUACAAGAAACCGGAUACAACUACAUUAACUGCAAACGACCCGCAGAACGUAUUAGGCUCUCAAAAAGACCCGAUCAGCAAAGAAAAAAAUACUGUUUAAGUAGACACGUUGAAGUUCUGCAAAGCUGAUCGUACUACGUGAAAAUUAAUUUUGCAAGACAUCAACACGACGCCGAUAGAACCCUGAGCGGGUAGGUAGCCGUAGACAGCUGCUCUCUUUUGAGUUCUAUUGGUGUCGUGUUGAUGUCUUGCAAAAUUGAUUUUCACGUAGUACGAUCAGCUUUAGUCUUGUACUCAAACCACAAGGAUUAUAUAUAUAUACCAUCUGUAUAUCUAAUUUAUAUUCUCAAGGUCCUUAACUAUUAUUUAAAAAUAACACCAUGGACGACAAAUGAAUGAGUAUGUUCUAUCAAAGUUUAGGUUUGGGAUGUCCAUCUUACCCUCCACCGUUUAACGGUCUUCUUGCGUGCGCGCCGCUGGCGUCUUUAGAUGGGACUGUAUGUACGCCUCAGUGUAAUGACAACAAGGACUUCAGAAGAAUCCCGGCCAACUUGUACAUCUGUCAGCCUCAAACAGGACGCUGGAACGUCUGGGACUUUCGCCCAACUGUAUCGAGAAUGUUACCUUGGCCUGAUUGUUCAGGUGUGUUAGCAGAAUGGGCCGGGUUCCGGAAUCCGGGAAAUUUUUGGUUUCGGGCAAGUUUUGCUUGUGAAAUCCGGCACCUUAAUUUGGGCUUUGGAAUCAAGAAUAAUCUUAAGGAAUCCGGAAACCCACUAACGAUUGGAAUCCGGAAUCGAAGUUCUACUGAAAAAGGACCCGGACUCCAUUACCUGGAAUCCGGAAUCCACGGUUUGGAGUCCAGAAUCCAAAACUUCUUAGAUUCCUUUACGUGGAGCAAAGUCAUUGAUCUCAGUUUUACAUUCUUCUAUUCACGGCAGGUGACGAUAAUUCUGAUUUUCCGCGUAAGGGAGAACGCUGGCAGAGCCUUAAGGGCAGCUGUGCCCGCGAUCCUACUGCUCAGCGGCAGGCCAAAAAGAAUCUCAUACGAGGCAUUGAAGCUACCUUCGGGGGAAGUAUGGGUUUAUUGGAAAAGGACGUGAACAUUAUGUGUGGCAAAACUGGCGACAAACGAAGCGUGGCCGACAGGUGA